GACGGAACAUAACGUCCAGCUGCUCCCUGCUGGCUGCUUCGUGCAAAACCGACAAACGAGAGAAAAAAGAAAGGAAAGGAAGCGGAGUCUGGCACGGAGCGAGCCUGUCGUCGUUGGGAGGAAAUGGUAUGCAGCUCGGGCGGGGCUGUUCCUCCCUCUCUGUCCCGUAGCUAUCGUGUUUAUAUUUACAGAGAGAGCGACCCGUUUCCAACCGGAACACCGGGCUCUGAUGCACAUUUUGUGGACGUAUCUCUCCCCGGUAUGCCCCACCAGCACAGCGGUUAACGGCUGACGAUGGCUUCGUGGCGGCUGAUCGGCAAAGUUACGGCGAGACUUUUGGGAAGUAUUCAUCCCCUUCACUGCGGUCUCACAACUACUCGUCCGGUUACAUUUCUUCACAAGGUUCAACAGAGGGCAACUCUACUUGGAAACUGCCAAGCUGUUUUCUGCAGUACCUAUUACACCUCCAGUGACGUGUCCUUGCAGUACAAACAUGGCCGCUUGGUUCUGGAGGUCCCGCUGCCCUCCAGGAAAGAGAAGUGUCUGUUCUUCCUCAGACCCCUGCUGAUGAGCGUAGGAGACCUGAUCACAGAUAUGCAGAGAGAGGACCCCGGAGCCACUGCCUCCGUUUUCUCCAAGGAUGGAGCGCGUAUAGCCAACACUACGCUGAUAGACACCCUGCUGGACAAGGACUUCCAGCUCGUCAUCAAUGAUGCAGUUUAUAACGUCAUCUCUCCUGAAAGGGUGUCUACGUCCACUGAGCUCGCCAUGGAGCUGGAGGACGUGAAGCACGUUGUGCAUCUGCUGCACACGGCGCUCCACCUGCCUGAACACCACCUGCUGAAAGAGAGAGAGCUGCUGGAGAGAAUGGACAACCUCAAACAGGAGCUGUCACCUCUGGAGAAGGUGAAGGCACAGCUGGCCCGUACAGCAGAGUUCCACAGCUCCAGGGUUGUCUGGUACGGCGUGGCUCUGUUAUCUGUGCAGGGUGGUGCUCUGGCCUGGCUCACCUGGUGGGUGUAUUCAUGGGACGUCAUGGAGCCUGUCACUUACUUCAUCACCUACGCCACCAGCAUCGGCGCCUUCACCUAUUAUGUCCUUACCAAACAGGAUUAUGUGUACCCAGAGGCUAAAGACAGACAGUUCCUGCAUUACUUUUAUAAGGGGGCCAGCAAGAAGAAAUUCAACGUGCAAAAAUACAACGCACUUAAGGAUGAACUAGCUGAGGUGGAGGAGGACCUGAGACGUCUGAGAUAUCCGACUCAAUUCCAGCUGCCCCUUGAACCAAUUCAGCCAAAGCCAUGAACGAAGCCAAGCCAUGAAAAAUGGUCAUUCUCACUUACAAACACUCUAGAGCAAAAAAAAAGAAAAAAGUAAUUCUACUUUAUUUUGAUAAUGGCACCUUUUUACCAGGAAUCCAUAUCAAUCUGUGUUUUGUUUACAAUCUUGAUAAUGAUGCCAAUUAUGUCUUUGAGAAAAGGAGAACACUGAGGACUGUUGAAAUAAAAAGUAUUUCCCUAACAUUGGGAGAAUCCUG